AUGCUUUGAAAUAGCUUGAAGGGGAAGAAAACUAAGAGAAUCAUAUUUUCAAAUCAUAAUAAUGAAGAGAUCCAAAUAAAUCAGAGUCCUACCUGACCUCUAGCUACUUCAACCCCUCUGUUCUCUCCAACUACCGAGCUGAGAACAGGAGAUCCAUCCAAAGAGACCCCCAUAUCACCAAACACUCUACUCGUGAUGCUCACUCAGAAUCAGUCAACUCCAGUCUCCACCAAGAAGAAUACCUCGAUCCUUCCUCUACUAAAGCUGAUCCCUAAAAUCAGGACUAGACAUGCCACUUCUUUAAUAAACCCUCUUAAUAAAACUGAGGCUGACCUUCAAGGAAGCUUCCUGAACAAAAUCAAGAAACAAGAAUAUGAUAAAAAUUUACAAAAACAGCCGAGGAGAUAUAUUAAAUAAUGACUUUUUGAAGAAUAACCUAGGGCAAACAUUUAAAAUAAAGCCAACAAAUAACAUCUCUAGAUUUAUUGAGAGAUUAAACAAGCGCAAGAACGACAGAUCUCUGAGACAUCAGACCUCUACAGCAAGCCUUGAACACAACAGCUGUAGCAUGCCUACUGAAACUAAUGAUGAGGUCUUAUUCAACCUCAGAUCAGUUCAACAGCCAUAUAUAAAAGAAGAUCCUCAAUCCAAGACGGAUGUGAGAGGAAGGAUCAGGAAUCUACCCAUCAGAGGAAUCACUAAAUCUAAAAAACAUAAUUUGUCGAAUGAUUACUCACACUCAAAAGAGAGACCUCAAAUGCAUAUGAAGUUUUAUUUAAAUAAUUUCUCAAAGGUUAAUAAGAAGAAGUCCCUUCUGGUUCCUCUGCAUGAUACAACUUCUAAGGUCAAGGCUGAGGACAUAUUCAGAAGAACAAACCCUAAUUUCAAAAUGAGCAGUGUAUUCAACGCCAAGAAGAUAAUCUGCGAUACCACAAUUACUGAUUAUGGAUACUCCAGUAAAUGAGGAUAUCAGCCUGACAACCCAAGCAAGGAGAACCAAGACUCUCCGAUAAUCCUGCCUAAUUUCUGAAAGAUUGAAAAAGGCUAUUUACAAGGAAAUAUUCAUCUCUUUGGCAUCUGAGAUGGCCAUGGGAAGGAUGGACUAAAAAUCAGCAGUUUCAUCGCAAAAGAAGUCCCAGAGAAACUGAAGGAUAUUCUAUCUAGUGGGAAAGAUCUAUAUCAAAGCAUAACACUUGCAGUAAAUCAGGUGGAGAAAGAGCUAUUUGAGAGCAGGAAAGUAGACUAUACUCUUAGUGGAACUACCUGAUGCCUGGCAAUUAUCAAAGAAUCCAUGCUAUAUUUUGUUAAUAUCGGUGACUCUCGAGCCAUCUUCUUCCCAAAUUCAAUGAAAAGUUUUACAUCAAAGAAGCAGGAGAUCUUCUCAACAACAGAUCAUAAUUGAAAUAUUGAUAAAGAGUACAAAAGAAUUCUCAAAAGUAAUGGGCGAGUUGAGAGAAUAAAUGGUAUUGGACCCUUACGGGUCUGGCUUAAGGAUGAAAACCGCCCUGGUCUAGCCAUGACUAGAAGUAUAGGAGAUGAAACAGCAAAGAAAAUUGGAGUAAUCUCUACACCUGAGAUUACUAUCCACCCCUUUGAUACCAAAGAAUCUACUUUGAUAAUAGGCAGUGAUGGCCUCUUCGAGUUUGUGAACAACCAAGAAUUAAUUGAGAAAUAUAAUGAUCUUUAUUCCACACAUGGUAAGAGUUCUGCUCAGGAGAUCUCUGAAGAAUUAGUUGCUACAUGCUCUAAAACAUGGCAAAAGAAAGAAGAAUACAUAGACGAUAUCAGUUGAAUCGUAGUGAAUUUCUCAAGUAUUUUGUAAUUC